AUGAGUGACUUAAGAUUCGAUCUGGGCGAAACGCUCACAGCCUAUCUAGACGAUCCACUUUCGAUUCUCACACCUGAGGCGGAUGCCGGCCUGCUAGAUUGCGAAAACGAUGCAGAAGCCUUCACGCCUGGCGCAAUCAACGGUGCACUUGACGGGAUAAUCGAUGCUAUCGCAGAAAAUCCGGAAGCUGUUCUUCAGCCCAGCCACCUACAGACUCUAGAAUUCUUGUUGAAGCAAUCAUCGUUCAUAUCACCAAACUCUCUGGCGAAGGUUUUCGAUCUGCUCAUCAGUGGACUCGGCGCAGAAGCAGAGCUUAUUCAUCAUGAAGAGCAAGAUGGUGAGAUCGAAGUCGCACAACACAAAUAUGUCCUUCAGACGUUCGCAUUCCUUUUGCAGUGGUGUAUAGCCGCGAUAGAGGCGAAGGCGAUCGAGGCCUCUGCUAGCGCAUCACGAGCCAAAGGAAAAGCGACCAAAGGCAAGGGUGUGACGAAAGAGAGCGCGUGGGAUCCUUCGGCACAAAUUCAGACGGCCCUUGAGACCAUGACAAAAGUGAUGAAACUGAAGCUUUCUCGGAUAUUCGUAACCACCAGUGAGCGCGAUGCUUUUAUUGGGCUAUUCACACGACCUACGUACCUCCUGUUGGAGAACGAAACACGCGUGAAGAGCACUGCGAUGCGGAUGUACACCUUCAAGGUGCUCUGCGUGGCGAUAAAACAUCAUGGACAUGCCUUCGGUGCACAAACGAGCGUCAUUCAAAAUCUGACGUACUUCGAACACUUGUCGGAGCCAAUGGCUGAAUUUCUCAAUAUCCUCGCAGAGCAAUACGACUACCCGCAGUUGGCAGAGGAGGUCAUCAAGGAAUUGUCCAACAAGGAGUUCAGCGCAAAUGACACCAAGGGACCGAAAUCUGUGUCAAUUUUUGUUGCUCGUCUAUCUGAGUUAGCGCCUCGAGUGGUGCAGAGACAAGUGACUUACCUUGCCAAACUUUUGGAGAGCGAGAACUAUACCCUGCGAUGCUCAAUCAUCGAGGUGUGCGGCAACCUCAUCGCCAUGUUAUCAAAUGUCGAGGAAUCAGAGAAACGUGAGGAACACAAGGGUCAGAUCAAUGCAUUUUUCGACGUACUCGAGGAGCGCUUUCUGGACAUCAACCCCUACUGCCGGUGUCGGGCCAUUCAGGUCUACGUCAAAUUGUGUGAUUUGGAGACGAAAUAUCCCAAGCGUCGGGAGAAAGCUGCCGAGCUGGCUACGCAAAGCUUAGAAGACAAGUCAUCAAAUGUGCGGAGAAAUGCGAUCAAACUGUUGGGUCGACUAUUAUCUACGCACCCAUUCUCCGUUCUUCACGGCGGAUUGCUGAGCCACCACGAGUGGAGUCAACGAUUGGAGACAUGCGAGGCCGAGUUGGUGAACCUGCAACCGCCUGCAAGCGAUCCUGCGAACAACGACGCCACGGUGGACGCGAGUCUGCUGGAUGAUGCCACUCAGAUGGACAACGCGGCACGGGAACCUCUAAGCGAUGAAGAGAGAGAAGCGGCGCUUCUCAAGGCGCAGGAGGAAGCCGCCACAGCACAAGCCAUCAGUAAGCUUCAACUUACCCGUCGGUACUAUAUCGAAGCUCUGAGAUUCAUCGAGACUCUCCAUGAAGCAACGCCACUUGCAAUACAGUUGCUCUCCUCCAAAAACAAGAGCGAAGUAAUUGAGGCAAUGGAUUUCUUCGUGACUGCCGAUGCAUAUAAUCUCGAGACAGCCAAAGAUGGAGUCCGCCGCAUGCUGCGACUGAUCUGGACCAAAGGAAACAGCGACGAGGGCAAGGGCGUUCAAGCACACCUCAUCGAAUGCUACAGAGGUCUGUUCUUCGCGGCUCCGGACAAUUUCAACUCGAAUGAGGCUGCAAAUUAUAUUGCAAGGAACAUGAUCAGUCUGACAUUCGGUGCGACACCAGCCGAGCUGACCAGCCUUGAACAGCUGCUUGCGACGAUGAUGAAGGAAAAGGCCAUCAACGAACUUGUCGUUCAAAAGCUGUGGCAAGUCUAUGGCAUACAGAAAAAGGAAAUCUCGAGGUCCCAACGUAGAGGUGCUAUCAUAAUUCUCGGAAUGCUUGCAUUGGCAGAGCCCGACAUAAUUGUCAAGGAGAUGCAGACAUGCUUACGCAUCGGACUUGGGAGCAUCGGCAGGAAUGACCUGCUCCUUGCCCGCUUCACUUGCAUUGCAUUGAUGCGGAUGACAAACAACAAAUCAACCAAAGGCACCGAGAGCAAGCCGAGUACGCGCUUACCAAACGACCAUGCCGUUCUCGUCCGGUUGGCCGAUCUUUUGAACCUCGAAAGCACCAGCAAAGAUUGGUACGGCAUGGCGGAGCAAGCGGUCGGCGCCAUCUAUGCACUUUCAAAACAUCCAGACGUACUCUGUUCGGAAGUCAUACGAAACAAAACAAAAGCCGUCUUCUCACCUCCUCCCCCCGCUGCUGAAGAUGGGACAAUUGUGCCCGACAAGAGCCAAAUCGACGACGAUGGAGAUGUUGAAAUGAGUGAGAUUCCCGGUGAACCUGUAGAUGCUAAGCCAGUAACAUCAACAGAACCAGCAGCCUCGGAUGGAUCCUCAAACGCGGGCCAAUCCGCGAUACCAUUGUCUCAGCUACUGUUUACUGUUGGCCAUAUCGCUUUGAAGCAAAUUGUUCACCUCGAGCUUUGUGAGCAGGACUUCAAGCGGAGAAAGGCCGAAAAGGAGAAGCCUCGUGAAAACCCAGCGACCAAGGCUCCCGUUGCUAAAAAGGGCUCAAAGAAAGACGAAACUCCAGCAGAUGAGCUCGAUCUGAUCACAGGAACAACCGAGGAUGACUUCACUGACGCGGUCGCUCACGUCCGCGAACGUGAGCUGCUCUUCGGCAAGAACUCCUUGCUUGCAAACUUCGGCCCACUUGUCGUGGAAGUUUGCGGCAACAACAAAGCGUACCCGAACGCCGAGCUUCAAGCGCAGGCCGCAUUGUGCAUGGCGAAACUUAUGUGUGUCAGUUCUGAGUUCUGCGAGUCGAACUUGAGUUUGCUCAUCACAAUCCUUGAACGGUCGCCCUCGGCCAUCACUCGCAGCAAUCUUGUCGUGGCGCUUGGCGAUAUGGCUGUUUGCUUCAAUCAUCUCAUCGAUGAGAACACGGACUUCCUUUAUCGUCGACUUUCCGAUUCCAGCUUGCAGGUCAAGAGGACGUGUCUCAUGACAUUGACCUUCCUGAUUCUAGCCGGACAGGUAAAGGUGAAGGGUCAGCUGGGUGAAAUGGCCAAAUGCAUCGAAGACAGCGAUGAGCGCAUCCGCGACAUGAGUCGAAUGUUCUUUGCUGAGCUUUCAGGCAAGGACAAUGCCAUUUACAACCAUUUCGUGGACAUGUUCAGUCUGCUCACCGCGGAUCAUGAACUUGAAGAAGAGAACUUCCGGCGCAUCAUCAAGUUCUUGGCGAGCUUCAUUGAAAAGGACAAGCAUGCUAAACAGCUUGCGAGUAAAUUGGCGCCCCGGCUGCAGAGGGCAGAGAACGAGCGACAAUGGAAUGAUGUUGCGUUCGCUCUCGGCUUGUUACCACACAAGAACGAAGAAAUCACGAAGUUAAUGAGCGAGGGCUGCAAGAUCGUCGAGUCAGGCGCAUGA